AUCAACAAGCAAUAACAAAACAAGAUUGCACCAAAAUUAGAGAUCUAAGGAGAGAAUUCACGCAAACUUGAGCUACUGCUCACUCCUCAAAUCAGAAGCUACAGACAACCAAAUCCUAUCUUCACCAUUGAAAUGCAAGAAUCAGGUCCAUGAGAACUUCCAAUUCAAAUUUGAGAACAAUCUUAUGGUUAAUGAAGCGACAAACUCUGUGUAAAGCGGACUGCCUGAGCAGAAAUUUCUUGAAGCAACAAAGUUUUCUCUAAUUCUCUCAAUCUUCGAAACGGCUCUCUCUUGAUUUUUCUCUCUUGUUUGUGUGAAAUAAGACCUAAACAAGUGGGGUGGUCCAAGUAAUACUUCUAUCUUUUCACAUAGGAAAGGAGAAAGACCCGAACCCCAACAAUAAACUCAAUUUUCUUCUUAAAGCCCCGACUGAUAACUAACAAAAGGAAAACGAAAUGCAUCUCAUCUUAGUAAGACCAAUUGCCAUAGGCCAAGGCAGAAAAGGAUGAAAGAAAGGCAUAGCCAUGUGACUUUAUGAGAUAAAUAACUAUUAGUAACUUAUCCAUACAUGAUGGAAUUUUUUGAGUGCCUUGGAGUUGAUAUGGAGACCUAUCAUAUGUCAUUAUCAGUGAGCUUAGACCAUGGCCAUGGUUGCGAAUGGGGUACUCGAAAGGGAUUCUCUAGUUUGUUUGCACAGAAGAAGAAUCUCUUGAAUCCAUAUUUUUUGCAAAUGAUUAGAGAAAUCAUCAGAUUCAAACAGGAUGUCAUAAGUUACCUUGAAGAAGUUGACAAUAAUCCCGACAUUGAUUGCAAUGAAACGUUAGGGCAAUUUAUUAAGUCACAUGGCUAUUCAGAGUUAUUUCAGAAGGCUUAUCUGAUUCCAAUAUGUGCUUCAAUCUGGUCCUGUCCCUUAGCAGGAGUAUUGAGCUUUUCUUCUUACUACAUUCUUUUAUUCUUCCGCGACCACCAUCUUCUGCAGAUCUUUGAUCUCCCUCAAUUGCUAACUGUAAGAUGGCGAUCACAGACAUAUGUAAAUAAGGUUAAGGAAGAGCUGGAGAAGAGAGGUUGCCAAAUAAGAACUGGUUGUGAAGUAAAUUCUGUAUCGACAAAUGAAGAAGGUUGUACCAUAGCUUGCACUGAUGGUGCCACAGAAGUAUAUGAUGGAUGCAUAAUCACUACACAUGCUCCAGAUACUCUGAAAAUGUUAGGCGAAGAGGCAACAUAUGAUGAAACAAGAAUACUAGGUGCUUUCCAUUAUAUCUAUAGUGAUAUUUUUCUUCAUCGUGACAAAACAUUCCUGCCUCACAAUCCGGAAGCAUGGAGUGCUUGUAACUUUCUUGGAACCAUGAAUGAUAGAUCAUGUGUCACAUAUUCGCUCAAUAUAAUGCAGAAUCUUGGUGACUCGAACCAGCCUUAUCUCGUAACCCUCGAUCCUCCUCAAGAACCAGAUCAUACGUUGCUUAAAUGGACAACAGGCCACCUAGUCCCUUCAGUUGCUGCGUCAAAAGCUUCGAAUGAGCUACAUCAAAUCCAAGGGAAGAGAGGAAUAUGGUUUUGUGGAACAUAUCAAGGGUACGGUUUCCAUGAGGAUGGACUAAAGGCGGGUAUGGUUGCUGCAGAUGGCAUGCUUAGAAGAAAUUGUCGUAUUCUGGACAAUCCCAAGCACAUGGUACCAACCUGGACUGAAACAGGAGCACGCCUCGUCGUUACUAGAUUCCUCAAAAGUUUCAUUGAAACUGGAUGCAUAAUCUUGUUGGAAGAAGGAGGUACAAUUUUCACUUUCCAAGGAACAGAUAGGAAAUGCUGUCUCAAAGUUUUGCUUAGAAUCCAUAGUACAAAGUUUUACUGGAAGGUUGCAACUCAAGCUGAUCUAGGCCUUGCUGAUGCCUUUAUUCAUGGGGAUUUCUCUUUUGUUGAUAAGAAUGAAGGUCUUCUCAAUCUUCUCAUGAUAUUUGUUGCCAAUAGAGAUAUGAAAGCAUCUGUUAAAAGGUCUAGCAAGAAAAGAGGUUGGUGGAUGCCAUUGAUUUUUACAGCAGCACUGUCAUCUGCAAAAUAUUUCAUUCAACACGUCUCGAAUCAUAACACUCUGACUCAGGCUCGUCGGAAUAUUUCUCGCCAUUAUGACCUGAGUAAUGAACUCUUCUCACUCUUUCUGGAUGAGACAAUGACAUAUUCAUGUGCAAUAUUCAAGAGUGAGGAUGAAGACCUAAAAGAUGCACAACUGAGAAAGAUUCGUCGUCUCAUUAGUAAGGCAAAGAUUAGCGCAGAACAUCAUAUAUUAGAGAUUGGAUUUGGUUGGGGAAGUUUGGCUAUGGAAGUUGUCAAGCAAACAGGAUGUAAAUAUACUGGAAUAACUCUCUCAGAGCAGCAACUAGAGUAUGCACAGUUGAGAGUUGAGCAAGCAGGCCUUCAGGAUCAAAUAACAUUUCUCCUAUGUGACUAUCGCCAAAUCCCAAAUAAGGACAAGUAUGAUAGGAUUAUAUCAUGCGGUAUGUUAGAACAUGUUGGUCAUGAUUUCAUAGGGGAAUUCUUUACUUGCUGUGAGUCUGCAUUGGCAGAAUAUGGACUUCUAGUCCUGCAGUUCAUUUCGAUACCAGACGAGAGGUAUGAAGAAUACAGGCAGAGCUCAGACUUCAUGAAAGAGUAUAUAUUUCCAGGUGGAUGCGUGCCCGCACUAAGUCGAGUAACAUCAGCCAUGGCUGCUGCAUCGAGACUAUGUGUCGAGCACCUGGAGGAGAUAGGAAUUCAUUACUACCAGACACUGAGAUGUUGGCGAGAAAACUUCCUGAAAAACAAAAGCCAAAUUCGUUCUUUGGGAUUCGAUGACAAGUUCAUCAGGACAUGGGAGUACUACUUUGACUAUUGUGCUGCUGGAUUCAAAACGUGCACAAUAGGAGAUUAUCAGAUUGUAUUUUCAAGGCCAGGCAAUGUUGCAGUUUUUGGUGAUCCUUACAAUUACUCCCCUUCAACUUAUUAUAGAGUUUAAUUUCUAUUUGUUUGGAAUAAUUUGGAAGUUUGUCUUAUAAAUUAAUUCCUCAAAACAGCAAUAAAAAUCAAACUGUGAUUUUCUCUUAUUGUAUUCUGAGGACUUUUCCCAUUCUUGCCUUAGGUUUUAUUAUGAUUUUUCUAAUUUAGCUAAAACCACAGGAAGACUUUCGGGAGAUUUGGUUUGUAAUUCUUUACAAAUUUAUUUUAGUUUUAUGUUCGUUUUACAAGA